AUGGUCAUUCUCACCAAUCCUCCCGUCCGCCGCCUCCAUCAACAAGGUCCUCCUCACCCUCCUCCAGAUCACUUUGAGACCGGUGGUGUGAGGAAACGCCAGAGGUUGUCACAUUUUGCCAGCGCCGACGAUGCAGCCCCGGCGCGGUUCGCACCGUUCGCCGCUGGUAGCAUCGUCGACGCCACCACAGCAGGCAGACUGCCUCUGAGCGAGUCGACCGGCAACGUACAGCAUCAAAACGUCCAGAGCUUUGCGCAGAACAGAGAAGUAGUAGUCUUUGGUAGCAGCAGCAGCAACAGCAGCAGCGGUAGCAUCCAAAACCCUCUCGCGCACUGCUCGACAGCAUCAACAGCAAAUAACAGCGCUGCCACAUCCCCGACGCUCACUCCGUUGUCGACACAAGACAGCAGCCAUCGCUCUGCCGUCUGUGGGCCCAGCAACCCUUCGGCAUGGCUGCUUGAGCUGGCAGACGAACAAACCAGGCGGAACAGCUUCGGUGCCAGGCGCGGCAAUAGCCAGCACCUGCACCUCGACUUUGCCAAUGGCCAAGGUCGGAGCCUCCACGGCGCAUCGACGCCUCGCAAGGGCAUGUCAACGGCGGGGGCACCUCCCAUCAGCUACAAUCCCCUCUAUAACAAUUCUGCCUUUAGGGCUUACCGAGCCAAGCAGGCCGAGAAGGCUGUUGAUGGACGCGAGGAGCAGAAGUGGCCCGAAUGGCUGGAACAGGCGUUUUGUGACGCUCUUUUAACUAUACCGGCAAUGGGACGACACAAGUACCAGAUGAUGAGGCGCCUGGCUCCCGACGCGGAGGGAGGCAGCAGCAACAGCUGUAACACAUCCAACAGCAGCGACCAGGCCGGAAGGAAUAUGCUCAUCAGCGAGUGGCUAUGGCUUGUGUACCUGGAGACGUUGCCCUCUGUCGGCGCGGAGUUGCCGGUCAGGCAGUGGGAGAUGCAAGUGGUCAACAAGAGGACCGGUGAGAGCCAGACAAAAAUGAUGAACCAUGCCAUGGUUCGUGACCGCAAGAUGGUGUCUAGCCAUAUCCAGGUGACGAAGAACUUCUUCAAGGACAACCCCAUGCAACAUUUCGUUUUCGUCACAGAGGAGAAGCGAGCCAAUGGCCGCGAAGAGGAAGAGGAACGCGAGAGCUUCAAGGACAACACGGUGCUGCUCGCGCUAAGGGAGUCCCGUCUCCCUGACAAGAGAUACAAUUACCGGUACUGGUCGUACCUUUUAGCUGCCGAUAAGCGCGUCCAAAUUCGGCCAAAGGAGUGUUGGAUCCUGGUGGCCGCAACAUCGGUCAACUUUGUGUCGACGUCGUCAUCGGCCAGAAUCGCCUCGUCAUCAUCCUCCGGCAAUGGCGAAAGUCACAGCCAGAAUGGCACAGGCAAGCCUUCAACUUCGUUCCAUGCGUACCACACCAAGACGGGGGAGAGGCUCGACGAGGACCUGUUCCCGCACCUCGAGAAGAACCUGAAGCGUGAGGACUGGCCGCGCAGUGGAGCCAAUAUCAAGGGAUGCAUGCUGCACGAGUACACGCGGACCAUGACCCAGGUGCCGUCGACUUCGAUCCGCAACCUCAGGAAGGACUGGGAGGAAGACUUCCCGGAGCUGCAUGAGCCGCUUUCUACUGCUCUCGAAGACGGCGUCCAGGACAUUCUGCACUGCAAGGCGACGCUCGACAUAUCCCAGGCCACGCAGUUCCCCGCCGGCGCGGAGCUCAACUCGUGCAUCGAGGUCUCGAUCGACCAGCCCGAGCUCGUGGGCCACGACUGGAAGGUCGUGACUCGCCUGUGCAGACCUAAGGAGCUAUGCCGCGACCGAGGUGCCGGCUCAGAUCCCUUCUUCUCCAUCGAGAACAAGCCCGUUGGCCACGAUAGCAAAUGCGACGGCGUCAGCCUCGCCGCCGGCGGCAACUGCAACUGUGUCGCUUCCCGCCACAAGAACGAGCUCAUGGUCCCUUAUCCAGCCGCAGAGCUCGCCGUCAUGCUCAGCCGCCUGGCGACCUACCAGCCCCAUGCCUACGUCGGCUUCGAACCCUCCCCUGAAGAGCUUGCCGCUGAGGCUGGUCGCAAGAAGCGUAGCCGCAAAUCAAACACGGGCACCGGGGACGAUGAAGCUGACCGGAGCAUGAACAUGAUGCUUGAUGAAAUGAAACGGGCCAAAGCCGGACUUGUACAAAAGAAGCUGCACAGCACGACCACAUCUCCCGCAUCCAGAAAGCCGAUGGCCUCCGCCACACUGCCCCAGAGUGAAGAUGGCAGCGGUUCCAGCUCAAAAGACGGAUCGAAUGGCCCAGACGAGCCAGUGACACAGAUGAGCCUCAUCAGUCAGGUCGCCAUGAUGCAGGAACUGUGGUCACAGGAGCCGGCGUCGGUGGCCACGACUUCGGGACAGCAACGGCCCUGGACGCGGCGGUGCCUGCUGCUCUGGACCUUUGAGACGCUCUACUCGAUCGACGAGAAGCGUCUCGCCGCCGGCCACAAGUACCCAAUCAACCGCCAGGCCGCUGGCAGCAUGUCCUGGCGCUUCAUGUCGGCCAUCGACCCGUCGGACCCCAUCCACCUGCAGCAGUCGAUAAUCGGGGGCGACGAGGCGGCCGAUCAAAUUGCCGCCGUUGCGCAGAGCAUGUCGGCAAACGCGGCCUACACCCCGUCCGAGCCCGCCAUGCUCGGCUCGUCCCCGGCACCAGGGGUCGCCAGCGUCUCCGCCGGCAUGAUCGUGCCUUCAUCUACCCCAUCGUCCGUAAACAGAACCACCUCCAGACUCGGAGGCGGCCUCCACCGCGACCAUAUCAUGUCACCCUCACCCAGCUUCCAACAACACAUACACGCUUCCAUGGCGGAGAACUACGCCAACACGUCCGCCUGGUCCGGCCCCCGCAUCCUUCCCAGCAACGGCAACGCCUACGCCGCAAACUACCACAGCCACCACCCUCAAGCACCUCAACCCACGGCAGUGAUGCACCACCCCUCGUCCUCGGUCGCCUACGGCCAGCGCGGCGGCACGCCCCUGUUCCGCGGCCUGAUGGACGACUUCCGCCACGGCGGCAGCCCCGGCUCUGGGCUCGCAACUCCCCCGCCCACGGCCGGGCUGGCUUCCAUGUCGGGUUCGUCGGCGGCACCGCUGCCCCAGCACAUGACCAGCAGCAGCCUAGCCCCGAGCAUGAGCUUCAUGUCGACGGCCGACAGCUGCGCCGAGUCCGUCGUCGAUCCAUUCUUGACCUCCGGUUCCUUUGCUAGUUACCACCACGAGGUCGUCGUCCCGGAUAGCUGGGAGGUGGUUCACGCAGGCUCUUCCUUCGGACUCCACGGCAUGCCCUCGGGCGGCUGGACCGUCAAUUCGGGAAGCAACGUAGGCGGCGCAGGCUCGGCCGCGUCGAGCUUCAACGACCAUCCGUACUGGGCGUCUCAAUUACCUCACUUGUCUCGGCAACAGUCGCACCAGCACUGGAACACCCCAGCCGCGUCGACGCCCGGCUCGACGGUCCUAGACUUGGGUCCCGGUGCAGCCGAGUACAACCAGAACGACGGGGCCGCGUCUACACAACACCAUAUUCAAUGGAGGGAGCAGCAGCAGCAGCAGCAGCAGCAGCAGCAGCAGCAGUACCGGGUCUCGUCGUCCCAGCCGUCCCCUUGCCACUCCCCGUCCCCCCACGGGCCGCAACAUGCAGCAGCCCAACUGGGCACCGACUUGAACCACUCCGACCAGCAGCUGAAUCAAGAGCAGCAGCAGUUACUUCUGGCUGGUACCGGCAGCCAAAUCUCGCGGAAGCGAGCGCUCGAGGACGAGGACCAGGAUGAUCAAGGCCAUCGCAGGGUCGGUGCUGACGUUGCUGACGCGCCGGUGUGCGGCAACGAUCAUGAGGAUGCUUGGGAUUUAAUUAUUGCUUGA